ACUGUUACAUGAAAAUAUUCUGUGAUUCAAAUAUGUUCUUUGACGGAAUAGUUUUUAUAAUCAAUAUCAGAUUACCAUUACUAACUGGACCUUUAAAAUCAAGUUGGGAUAUUCAAUUACUGUUUCCGUAGACAUUCGGAAGAUGAUUUAUAUUCAAUAUAAAAUCUAGUGUAUAUUGGAUACUGUUUAAUCAGACGUUUUUAUGCGGAUUUCACAUUUACAUUUCAUUUGAACCAUUAUCAUGCCCGUUCUUGUCGGAACACCCAGUUUGGUCCUUGUUUCACGUGUUCAGGUUUAUCAGACGUGUUCUGUUGAUCUGGCAUGGCAACGUGCAGUUCAUGCUUGUCAGCGUUGUCCUAAAGCCACGUUAACCACAAAUGCUGUCACACCUUUAAUAAGUCCGUCUGGUGGCGAGCGUGCAACCUCUAGGUUUUGUCCUGCAGGUGUGCACAUGAGUCAUUGUGUUCCAGCAUCAGAGAUAUUUGGUGCUACUAGUAAGUCUAUUCCUACUGGCGCUCAUUCUGUUCUGGCCAAUAAUGAUACUCACGGAGCAGUAUCUCCUGCUCAUUUGUCUUGGGGACCACCAGAUUUACCACUUCCUGCAGCUAGCCCUAAUCACCCUGUACAUGCCGCUCAUAUCGCUAGAUCUUCAUAUCCUCCUGCUUCAUCUCCAACUUCUUCAACCUCAUCUACUCCAGUCAAGACAACCACAUCUACAACUGUUCAUCAUUUUCACCCUGUACAACGUUCAAAACCACUAGAUUCUAAAUUUGGACUGGUUGAAAAGAUUAGUAGUACGGCAUCUGCAACUAUUACUCCGACUUCAACCUCUUCUCCGUCUUUAGCUACUACUGAUAUAACACCAUCAGUCCCACCAGAUGGGAAUACUGUCGAAAAUCGACUACCGUCAAUUGAUAUUAGUGAAAAAGACAUUGAUUUAGCAAAAUCUGAUAACAAUGAAUCCGAUAAGCCUCAUUUUAAUUUGUCUAUUCAAGAGACAUUAACAGAUAAAUCUCAUGAUAAUAUAACUGUUUGUGAGAAUAAUUUAUCAUCAUCGCAUACGGAUUCCUUACGAACUGAAUAUAAUAGUGAAAGCUCUGUUGAACAACCACAUACCGCAAAUGAUGUAACGCAUGAAAACAAAUCCAAACAAGAGAAUGGAGUAAUAACUAUUUGUCCAAAAGUUACACCAAACUCUGAAAAUCAACUAAGUGUAGAUAAUGGAACAAAACAUUCAUCCCAGACUAAUAAUACCACUGCUACGAAUAAACUUUUAAAUCAUGAUGCAGACACUGAUGAUAUAAGCAAAAUUAGAACAAAUAAAACAACUCCUCUACGAACAAAUGAUGGGAUUGGAUCAAAACAACACACUCCUACCGUUGCUUCAACACCAUCAGCAUAUAAUUGUCCUGCUGAAAGUAAUAAGCCAGAUGUUGAUGUAGUCGCACAUCAACAAUCUCAUGAUAAUUAUCAUGAAGUUAAUAAACACUAUCGUAUUCAUUCCUCACAAUCGAAAAGUCUUUUUAAUUCUGACGGUGUUCAUGAAGAUGUCACAUCUUUAAUAAGUAAGGCAAAUGUACCUAAUCAUACAGAUUAUACUUAUCCAUCGUCUAUGGAUUCUACUUCAUGUGUGCAAAACAAAGGAUUUGCUAUUCCUUCUUCUCCAACUCGAAUACAUAAAGCAUUGCCAGCAUUUCAUUUCCCACUUGGGACUACUCGAAUGUCUAAUGAGGAAAUUAACACAGAAUUAGAACGUGUUAAACAAGAACUUAACCAAUUUAUUGAUUCAUCACUAAAUUCUGGGAAAUAUUCUGAUCCGUUAAUUUCCCAUUCAUGUUUUGGACAAGUUGCAAAGGUACUUAAUUGUCCACUUUAUUGGAAACAUGCAAUUUAUAUGAAUGCUGGUGGUACACCAGAUCGACAACCAGUCACCUUGUCAAGCUUAUUGAAAUCAUGGUCUCAUACACUGAAUACUUGUCCAGAUGAAGCUUCGAAAUUUAUUCAUCUACUUACACGUGGACGAGCUACCUUUUUAGUACAAUCUGAUUUUAAUACACUAAUACAAGACAUUUUAGAGAGUCAUCCUGGCUUAGCGUUUUUAGAAGCAGCGAAAGAUUUUCAUUCCCGUUACGUGGCAACCGUUGUAGCACGUAUCUUCUUCAAUGUGAAUAUUUCAUGGUCUGGUCGUAUUUCUUUAGGUGAAUUAAGACGAAGUAAUUUUCUUCCUGUGUUAGCCAGUCUUGAAAAUGAAGAUGAUAUUAAUUUGGUGACACAAUAUUUUUCUUAUGAACAUUUCUAUGUUAUUUAUUGUAAAUUCUGGGAGCUAGACGAAGAUCAUGAUUUGAUCAUCAGUCGAAGUGAUUUAGCACGACACAAUAAUUAUGCUAUCUCAGAACGUAUGAUAGACCGAAUAUUUAGUGGAGCUGUAACAAGAGGAACAGCUUUUAAAGAAGGUGUUAUGACUUAUCCAGAUUUUGUUUGGUUUCUACUAGCUGAAGAAGAUAAACAUCAUCCUCGAAGUAUUGAAUAUUGGUUUCGAUGUAUGGAUCUAGACGGUGAUGGUCUGUUGUCAAUGUAUGAAUUAGAAUAUUUCUACUCGGAACAAUUAGCUCGAAUGGAAGAAAUGGGGAUUGAACCUAUAUCAUUUGAAGAUUGUUUAUGUCAAUGUUUGGAUAUGGUGAAACCAGCACUUACAGAUAAAAUUCGACUAUCAGAUAUGAAACAAUGUCGUCUAUGUCAUAUAUUUUUUGAUACAUUCUUUAAUUUACCAAAAUAUUUACAACAUGAACAACGUGAUCCAUUUGCUAAUUUACGUGUAAGUUAUACUAAAAUCUUAUGUAAUUAGUUUUCCAAAUGAUUGUUCCUGAAAUUCCAUUAUUGUAAAACAAUGAGUUUAAUUCAGAUGACACAAAUGUUUAGUUAGUCAGUUAGCCAGCUACAACAUAAGAUCAGGCACAUAUAUGCAUCAGUCCAAGUUGCCAUACCUCAUUAGCACAACAAGAUGAACACCAAAUUCAUAGAAGCAGUUACUUCAAUAGUAGUAAUACAUAAAAUUGAUUGCAUAUAAGGAUAUAAUACAGGAAGAGAGAAUUAGUUAGUAGAAAGAAAGGUAUAAGUCAAUCUUAGUAUUGAUCUAUUGUGUAGUUUUUAUCAGUAGUUCAACACCUUACGCAGCAUAGUUCGAAACCGUUUAUUAUUUUUUUUAUAAAGUUAUGGAUGUGUCAAUUAUUUUCAAACGAUAUCCUAUGUGUUUGGUUUUGUUCACUACCACUGAUUUUGUGGUUUCGUAAUUGUUUACUCUUUAUCCUAGCAUUUUUUUCUCAAUAUGCUAUUGAUGAUGUAAAGUGUGACAAGUGUGAUCGAUCCCUCUCGUCGUGCCACGUUUAAUGUCACCAUUGAUUGUUAAGUUUAUCACUGCGUUGCAUCAUUUUAGUCUAAGACUAAGAAUUUUGUAAUCAUCUGAUUUUAAUUUACAAGAUUUUUAUACGGUUUUCACUAUUAGACUGAUUUGAAGUAGGUUAAAUCAUUCCUUCAAAUGAUAUCUGUGUUAUUCAAGUUGUUUAGCGUUAUAUUACUUAAUCAUAGAUUCGAACUCCUCUCCUCUUCAGUUUAGUUUUAACAAACGUAUAGUAUCACUAAUACUCAUAUUAGAGUAUGACUCAAAGCCAAUCAAACAAAUCUCUGUACAUUGUAAAUGAAUUGAUUUUGUGAAAUCAAGAAUCAUAGUUUUAUAAUCUGAAUUCAAAAUAAAACUCUAAUAUAUAAUCCAUUUCUAGAAGAUGAACAAUAACAAAGACAAACUUUCUAAUAUUUAUGUCACUUCAAUAGUUUUUUUCAAUUAGUGGUUUAAAUCAGUUAACUAGGACAUCAUAGUAGUAGUAGUUGUUGUUGUAGUAUAUCAUUAGUGAUGAUUAUACUUCCAUAAAAUAUAAGCCAGAAUAUAUUUUUAUUUUCAGAUGUUCACGAAAAUAAAUGAGAAACAAGUUAGUCUGACUUUUCCACUAUGCUAUAAUCCAUAACAGUUAUAUAUAUGAUAGAAUUAUUACAACAUUUUGUUGUGAUGAAAGAAACAAUUAUUAAUUAUUUUUUUCUUUAAGAAUGAUGCAUAAAUGUUAAUAUUUACUGAUUUUAACUAAAAAAUGGAUCUUUUUUAAAAAUCAUAACAGGAUAUUGAAGAAGGACUCAAUGAACUAUCUGACUGGGAUCGUUAUGCAGCUGAAACCUAUGAAAUGUUAGUCAAUGUUGAAGGUGGUGGUAAUCCAGAUGAUGGAGUUGAUGAUGAUGAAGAUGAUGACGAGGAGGAGGAUGAAGAAGAGGAACAAGGUGGAGCUGUAGGUGAUGAAGGAACUGGGAGUAAUCAACAACAGAAAAACAACGAUAGUAACAAUGUAACUUCUCCCACUUCAACUGUUAUUUCAUUAGUAAAUAAAAAUGAUAAAAUCAAUCGAAAAGAUAAUGUUGGAUCAUGUGGAUUGGCUAAUAAACUUGAGUCUAUCGGUAAUAGUGAAUUGAUCAAAUUGGAAUCAACUGUUGGAGCUGGGGAGUGAGUCGUCUACACUUAUGACUUAAAGUUUGGGAAUUGGAAUUGAUAAAAAACAAAAACAAACCAGGAUUUCUAUGGGAAGUUGGGAUAUAUCACCACAUCAAUUGAAUUUCUACCCGAUCUUAUCAGUCAGCAAAUAAUUUUUAAUAACCGAGUGACCAGUAAAUAUUUGUGUACAAUUGAGGGGGGGGGAUGUUCCGCUUAAGUUUUACUCAUUUUGUACAAAAAAAGCAUAUACAUUCACUUUUUCCAUCGUUUAAUAUGUUCUCGACAUUCAGCUCUUAAUUGUUUUUUUUUUAUUGACUAUCGUUUUCGGUUGGCUUCAUAGCAUGCUCAAUUUCUUUAAGAUAUUUUAGUCUCUACAGUCCUAUACAUCUUAUUGUAGUUUUUUUCUAUGUGUCUGUGAUAACACUUUCAUUUUUAAGGAGAAUUUAAUCUCUUCAACGUUGAUUUAAGAUUGCCAACAAAUUCUUUCAGUUCUGUUAAUUUAAAACUUUUUACAUUCGAUGUUAGUGAUCAGAUUGUCGUCUUCGAUUCUCUAUCGUUUUCUGUUCCCUAAGAUUUUGAAUAUGUGUAUACUUUUAAUCUUGGUGAUUGUAUGUAUUAACGAUUGAGAAAUUCAAACUAGGAGUGACGAGAAUGUUGUAUCACGUUUAUAUGUGACACUGAUUCUAUAACAACAACAGCGACUGGAAAAUAACAGAGUUUAUCAUGUUCAUUGUUGUUUUGUAUUUAAAACAUAUGUAUUCACCAUAAUCAUCUACCUGCAGAUUUCAUGAUAUCAUUAACAUCGUGAAUAGUGUUACUACCUAAGAUGGACAAUUGUGGAUAAAAAUGACAAUCGUAUUCGGUUCCGCGUGUACAAUAUACAAAUAAACGCACAUAUACCAAUAUGUUGUAGUAUACGGAUACUAAACAUUCAACUUCUCUUUACAUUACUUUCUUCAACUGUGUUCACAAUACUUACAAUUUCGUCAUCGUUAUUGUCUGAAUAAUUUUGAUCUCUCUAUUCGAAUUAACUAAUUGCUAUUCGUAAAAAACUGAAGUUUAGCCAAAAACCAGAAUCGUUUGAAACAUAAAUGUUUGUGCCUUGAAUAGACAUUGUCUUCCUGAUUUUCUUUUCUCUCCAAAAGUGAAUUCAAGUAUUCCUUUACUUUCUUGGCUCGUUAUUUGUCUACUCAUCGCAAAGCAGACACGUACAUCGUAAAUAAAUCUGAGAAGUUACCUUUUUUGUAUUUUGAAGUAUAUAAACUGUUAUUAUUCGUAUUUACUAUUAUUAUCAUAAGCCCAUGACCCAAUUUUCCUAUCAGACUUCUUCACAAAAUUAUUAAAUUAAUUUUUCAGUGCUUUCAUCUUUGAGAAAGUAAAUAUACUGAAACGUUUGUUUACUUAUUUGUUUGUUUUUCCGCACUGGUUGGUUACACACUUAUUAUUCAUACCGAUUGUUAUAAAUAAUACAGUAGCGAUGAAGUUUGGUUAUAUAAUAGUCAAUAAUAGACAAAAGGGGAGAGGAUACGUGGAAUUUCCAGCGAUUCCAA